ACCUUAAUUGCAUUUUCAUCAUCAUCAUCAUCAUCUUCUUCAUCUUUUCAUUAGCUCUUGAUUAAACAACAUGGCAGCCUUUUCCUCUCAAUAUUCUUUAGCUGAAUUCAUUCUCAUCAUUUUUGUAACCUUUAAUUUCCAUGUAAACCCCAGCAAAGCUGUUAGACUCCUAGACCCAAAAACCAACACAGAAUUUAUAAGAACAAGUUGUAGUACUACUACUUAUCCAAAACUUUGUUAUACCUCUCUCUCAGUCCAUGCAAAUACAAUCCAAACAAGCCCUAAGCUCUUAGCCAAUGCAGCUCUUAACGUUACAUUAGGGUCUGCAAAAUCAACCUCAGCAAUGAUGUCGAAACUCUCUCAAAGCCAUGGAAUGAAGCCUAUAGAAGUAGAAGCCAUGCAAGACUGCGUUGAGGAGUUGAGCGACACAGUCGAGGGGCUUAGAAAAUCAAUCGGUGAAAUGAAGACUUAUAAAGAGUCAGAUUUUAAGCUUAUGAUUAAUGACGUACAGACAUGGGUUAGUGCAGCUUUGACAGAUGAGAAUACUUGCAGUGACGGGUUUGCAGGAAAGACCAUGAAUGGGAAUACCAAGACAUUAGUUAGAGAAAUGAUUUUGAAUAUCGCACACUUGACUAGUAAUGCCUUGGCCUUGAUCAACAAUUAUGCCUCUCUUCAUGGUUAAAUUCAUCAUGUCAAUUGUUCCCAAUACAUAUAUGUGUGCGUUUCGUCAUGUCCCUAUAACACUAAAAACUUCGGCUAUUAGCGACGGAAAAUUCCAUCGCUAAUAGCUUAAAUACUGUCGGUGAACAUAGUUAUCGAUGUAAUUGGGAAGCAUACAUUCUUGUAAGAAUGUUUAGGCCUUAAUUAGGAGGAUAUUAAAUGGUAUAAUGUAUAUAAUUAAGUUGAAUCAUAUAUCAGUGAAGUUACGUUUUUUUUUUUUUU